GAACCAAUCGAUAGUUCUUGCACAUCGCUAGCUAGCUUAGGUAAAUAGGAAAACAAAUUGAAUUUUGUAUACAAUAAAAUAGAAAAUGAGCAAUAGCGAGGACUCCCAGCAAUAUAUAACGGAUAUGAUGGUCAAGGAAGAGGACGAGGCGUCGGGUGACGAAUCGGACAAACAGGAUAAUGGAAUUAUGCUGCGGGAACAGGACCGCUUCCUUCCCAUUUGCAAUAUCAUCAAAAUCAUGAAGGUUCCCGUGCCGCAGAACGGCAAAAUUGCAAAAGACGCCCGUGAGUGCAUACAGGAGUGCGUGUCCGAAUUUAUUUCCUUCAUCAGCAGCGAGGCCAUCGAACGGAGCGUCGCCGAGAAUCGCAAGACGGUCAAUGGCGAUGAUUUGAUAGCCGCUUUUGAUAGCCUGGGCUUUGACAACUAUGUGGAACCGCUGCAAAUAUACUUGAACAAAUAUCGCGAGUCGAACAAAGCGGAUCGAAAUCUGUAUAUGGACACCAAUUUUGCGCAGAUCGAGGAUGGGGCCACAACAAACGAUGGUGGCAAGCCGUAGCUUAUGUAGUUUUUUCAUACCUUUACCUUAUAGUUGUAGGGUCUCACGGGUUGGGUGGAUAUACAUAUAUAAAUUCUAUUCUUGCACGUCGCGUUUUUGAUGGCAACCACCCCUGCCGCCCCUCCGACGGAGUGCUGUUAAUAGUCAAAAAGUCAAGUUUUCUUCACUUAAUAAUAGCUCAUUAGUUGCUCUCUCAUUCUUUUGUG